AUGGGAAAGGGCGCGCGGUCGAAGCGCAGCCUUCGCGGCCCGGUGAAGAGGCAGCACGCACCGCAGCACCGGGCCGCAGAGGUGGACCCCACCCUUGUCGAGUUGUACCGCAACACCAGACAACCCGUGAAGAAGAGCCAACUUUUUGAGAAGCUGCGGGAACAAACAAAGGACGCCAAGCGGGUCCGGCGCGAGGCGCGGGAGAAGGAGCGAAGGCAGUUGCAUGAAAAUGCCCCGGCGAAGGCGAUUCCAAAGACGAAGGAACGCCUGCGUCGCCCGGAUGUCACAAUAGUUGAGAACAAGAACGAUGCUGAGAUCGUGCGUGAUGAGGCGGACGACGAGUUUGCCGCCUUCUACCAGGAGGGACGAAAACCCGCCAUUCUUAUCACGACUGGCGAGCGUCCGUGCUUCCGCACCAAGCAGUUUGUGAAGGAGGCGCUGUGGCUGUUUCCAAACUCUACCUACCGCCCCCGCAAGGACUACACCCUGAAGGAGAUUACGCAGUUUUGCAUCAAUCGAGAGUUCACUGACCUCGUCGUCAUCACGGAUCGACUGAAGGAACCGCACAAUCUCAUCGUCUCGCACCUCCCAGAGGGGCCCACGGCGGCGUUUCGCGUGUCAAACUUCAUGACGCAUGCGCAGUUGAAAGAUCCUGCCCCGCGCACGGAGCACUACCCCGAGCUUAUCUUCAAGAACUUUGACACGCGCCUCGGUCGUCGCAUUCACCGCAUGUUGGAAUGCCUCUUCCCCGCUACACGGGACUACGCCGGGCGCGCGGUAGCGACAUUUCACAACCAGCGUGAUUAUAUUUUUAUGCGCACGCACCGCUACAUAUUUGAUAGUCUUGAAGCUGUACGCAUCCAGGAGAUGGGGCCUCGGUUUACGCUGCGACUGCUAUCUCUGCAGUCAGGCACCUUUGACACCCAGUUUGGGGAGUACGAGUGGUUCCGCAAGAAGGAGCAUGACGCAGACAAGCUUGAGUGGUACAUCUAA